UUUCGCUGCUCGGAGGGACCGGAGGCUCCGAGGGGUCCCGGGGCUCCCCCGAUGGCUCCAGACCCCUCCCGCCGCUUCCUGGCGCUGUUUCGGCCCGAGCAAAGGCGCUGCACGAUCGUGGCCGGGCUGAUGCUGGCCUCGGUGCUCGCCGAGGUCACCAUCCCCUACUUCACCGGCCACAUCACCGACUGGGUGGCCAGCGAGGACCAGUUGGCAACCAUGGUCUCCAUCGCGCUGCUGGGGGUCACCAGUGCCAUCACCGAGUUCACCUGCGACGCCACCUACGUGGCCACCUUGAGCCGGGUCUUUGGCCACCUCCACACCCGGGCCUUUGCCGCCAUCCUGCACCGGGACCUGUUGGCGCUGCGGGCGCUGGGUGCCGGCGCGGUGACGGCGCGGGUGACCGGGGACAUCGAUGCCACCCAUGAGGCCGUGGGUGAUGCGCUGCUGCUGUUGCUAUGGGAGCUGGUGCGGGCGAUGCUGCUGUUGCUCCCCAUGGCUUGGCUGGCGCCGGUGCUCACCAUCACCACCCUCAUGGCUGUGCCGGUGCUCCUGGUGCUCGCCCGGGCUAUGGGCAGUGUCCAGCAGGGGCUGUCCCAAGGGGUGCAGGAGGCGCUGGCCGGUGCCACCGGGGUGGCCAUGGAGACCUUUGAGGCCAUGGGCACCGUCCGUGGCUUCGCCUUCGAGGAUGGAGCGGUCCAGAGGUACCAGGAGCGACUGCAACGGGUGCAGAGGCUGGAGGCCACCCAGGCCCUCACGUACGCGGCCACCGGUUGGAUCAGUGGGUUCUUCUCACUGGCUUUGAAGCUGGGGCUCCUCUACUAUGGGGGACAGAUGGUGGCCGCAGGGACCAUCAGCACCGGGGACCUGGUCACCUUCCUCAUGUACCAGAUGCAGUUCACCAGCUCCAUCGAGGUCCUGCUCCGUUACUACCCCAACCUGAGCAAGGCCAUGGGCUCCUCGGAGAAGGUCUUGGAGGUCCUGGGUGAGGAGGAGCAGAGGACACCGGAGGGGACGCUGGAGGCCGAGGUGCGGGGUCACCUCAAGCUUGAGGGUGUCUGGUUCUCCUAUCCCCAGCAGCAAGAGCCUGUCCUCAAGGGUGUGUCUCUGGAGCUGCUCCCUGGGCAGGUCCUGGCCGUGGUGGGUGCCCCGGGUGCAGGGAAGAGCACCCUGGUGUCCCUGGUGCUGGGCUUGCACCAGCCCCACCGCGGGAGGGUGCUGCUGGACGGGCACCCCCUGCCCGCGUACCGGCACCGCCACCUGCGCCAGCAGGUGGCCGCUGUCCCCCAGUACCCCCUGCUCUUCUCCCGCUCCCUCCAUUCCAACAUCUCCUAUGGGGCUGGUGACCGGAGCCGGGCUCAGGUGACAGCGGCCGCUCGCCGCGCCGGUGCCGACCCCUUCAUCCGCCGCCUGCCCCAUGGCUACGACACCGAGGUUGGGGACCUGGGCACGCAGCUCUCGGGGGGACAGCGCCAGGCCGUGGCCAUUGCUCGUGCUCUGCUGCGGGACCCCCGUGUCCUGGUCCUCGAUGAGCCCACCAGUGCCCUGGAUGCCAAAACCAGUGCUCAGGUGGAGCAGGAGGUGCUGAGUGCGGGGCGCUCGGUGCUGCUGGUGACGGGGCGGGCGGCCCUGGCGCUGCGGGCCCAGCGCGUGGCCGUGCUGGCAGGGGGACACCUGCGGGAGCUCAGGGACCCCAGGGAGCUCCUGCACCCCGAGAACCGCGGCUGGGGGCACCGGGGAUCGUUUCGCUUUCGAUAUCCCAACGUCAAGUGGCAUCUGCCCGGCAACCGGUGA